AUGUCCCUGCAUCGUCUUCCUGCCUGGCUCAUCAUCGUGGCAUAUGGGCUCCUGAUGCUCCUCAUCCAGGGCCAGGGCCAGGACUCAGUCAGCCCCAUCCGGAUCACCCACACCGGGCAGGUGCGGGGCAGUCUCAUCCACGUGAAGGGCACCGAUGCGGGGGUCCACACCUUCCUGGGAAUUCCCUUUGCCAAGCCACCUGUAGGACCACUGCGCUUUGCAGCHCCUGAGCCCCCUGAACCUUGGAGUGGUGUGAGGGAUGGGACCUCCCACCCAGCCAUGUGUCUGCAAAAUACAGAUAAAAUGAAUACAGAGGAUCUGAACCUACAACGAAUACUACAAAGUAUAAACUUGCCUCCCGUCCCCAUGUCAGAGGACUGCCUGUACCUCAGCAUCUACGCGCCUGCACAUGCCCGUGGGGGCUCUAACCUGCCUGUGAUGGUCUGGAUCCAUGGUGGUGGCUUGGUGAUGGGCUCAGCUUCCAUGUAUGAUGGUUCUAUUCUGUCAGCCAUUGAAAAUGUACUGGUGGUCACUAUCCAGUACCGCCUGGGAGUUCUGGGCUUCUUCAGCACUGGAGACCAGCAUGCCACUGGCAACUGGGGCUACCUGGACCAAGUGGCUGCCCUACGCUGGGUCCAGCAGAAUAUCGCUCACUUUGGAGGCAACCCUGAUCGCGUCACCAUUUUUGGCGUGUCUGCAGGUGGCACUAGUGUGUCCUCACUUGUGUUGUCUCCAAUGUCCCAAGGACUCUUCCAUGGUGCCAUCAUGGAGAGUGGGGUGGCCCUGCUGCCUGACCUUAUCACCAGCUCAUCUAAAGUUGUCUCCACAAUGGUGGCCAACCUGUCUGCCUGUGGGCAAGUAGAGUCAGAGGCCCUGGUGAGCUGCCUGCGGGGCAAGAGUGAACAGGAAAUGCUGGCUAUUACCAAGCCCUUCAAGAUCAUUCCUGCUGUGGUGGAUGGGGCCUUCCUACCCAGGCACCCCCAGGAGCUUCUGGCCUCUGCUGAUUUUCAACCUGUUCCGAGCAUCAUUGGUGUCACCAAUGAUGAGUAUGGCUGGGGCAUUCCAAUGAUCUUGAGCCCACCUGAAAUCCAGAAAGACAUAGACAGAGAGACCAUGCAAGCUGUUCUGCAGAGAAUAACAGCACAGAGGAUGAAGUUGCCUGCCGAAUGUGCUGACCUAUUGAUGGAGGAGUACAUGGGAGACAAUGAGGACCCCCACACCCUCCGACUCCAGUUCCACGAGAUGAUGGCGGACUUCAUGUUUGUGAUGCCUGCACUCCAAGUAGCACAUGAUCAGAGUUCCCAUGCUCCUGUCUACUUCUAUGAGUUCCAGCAUCGGCCCAGCAUGUUUAAGGACAUGAGGCCGCCACAUGUGAAGGCUGACCAUGGUGAUGAGUUCAUCUUUGUCUUUGGGUCCUACUUUAGUGGCAUGAGAGUGGAGCUCACUGAAGAGGAGGAGCUGUUGAACAAGAGGAWGAUGAAGUACUGGGCCAACUUUGCUCGAAAUGGGAACCCCAAUGGAGAGGACCUACCCCAAUGGCCACUGUUCGACCAGGACCAGCAGUACCUGCAGCUGGACAUCCAGCCUGCUGUGGGCCAGGCCCUGAAGGCACACAGGCUGCAGUUCUGGACCAAGACCCUGCCUCAGAAGAUCCAGGAGCUAAAGGGGGCUGAGGACAAGCACACAGAUCUCUAA